GUUACGGUGAAACUGAAUCGGAAAGAAACCGGUGGGACACGUCAGUGGAUUUAUUUACCGCCGUUUCACUCACUUAAACAAUGUGAUGUUAUUAGGAAGACAAGCGUUUGUAAUAACCUCAAGGUAAUAUAAUGAAAGCCUCAGAUAUUAACGGCGCGCCGCUGUAAGCCGCUUUAAGACGCGCGCGCAGGUGCACGGACGCGCGCUUCAAACCUGACAGAAAACUUUUGCGUCGAAAAACACCGAAUGAACAGCAAUGAUUUUAACGCUUACAACCAAAUUCAUCCUCUUUCCCAUCUCACAAACUGAAAACAACAGUACUGGGCACCAAAAAGCGCAGACUUCAGCGGGACGCUCGGAGUUUGGAGAGACGCUCAAAUAAUGGCAAAGAAGAAACGGGCUUUUUUUCUCCAAGGAUUCCCAGAUGACAGGUUAUGGUAGAGGCAGACAUGCCAGCCAACCUCACCAUCUCCACCCACACCACGAACUACAACUUCCCAGCGCUCAUCUUCGGGAUAUUACUGAUCAUAAUCAUUAUUUGCGGGAACGUGCUGGUGUGUCUAAGCGUGUACACGGAGAAAGCGCUGAAAACCACCACCAACUACUUCAUAGUCAGUUUGGCUGUGGCUGAUUUGUUGUUGGCUGUUCUGGUCUUACCGCUGUUUGUCUAUGCAGAGUUUCAGGAUGGAGUUUGGUCCCUCAAUAUGACCGUAUGUGAUGGACUGAUGACCAUGGACGUCAUGCUUUGCACUGCCUCAAUAUUUAAUCUCUGCGCCAUCAGCAUAGACAGGUUCAUCGCCGUCUCCAUCCCUCUAAAUUACAACCGCAAACACGUGGACCAGCGACAGAUUGUCCUGCUCUCCGCCACGUGGAUCCUGGCUUUAGCCGUGGCCUCCCCCGUGAUGUUCGGCAUCAACAACGUCCCCAACCGGGACCACAGCGAAUGCAAGCUGGAGGACAACAACUACAUUAUCUACUCCUCCGUCUGUUCGUUUUUCGUGCCGUGCCCCAUCAUGCUGCUCCUGUACUGCGGAAUGUUCCGGGGCUUGAGGAACUGGGAGGAGGCUCGGAAAGCUAAAUUAAGGAGCAACAUGGAGGCCUGCCGAAAGCUACAAGAGGCCGCAGCGUCGCUCCAGCCGCUGUCUGGCCUGCCGCCUCCACUCCCGCCAGUCAUAGAGAAAGACCUUACAUUGGAGGAGCUGGACCAUGAUCAGUAUCCCGAUCCUGACAGUCCCGAUCCUGUGUCCAUGCUGGCGUAUCCUGGAGGAGGCUACAAUCAGGAUCAGAACCAGAACCGGCAACGGAAGAGGGCCAAGAUCAACGGCAGGGAGAGGAAAGCCAUGAGGGUGCUUCCGGUUGUAGUAGGUGCCUUCCUCUUGUGCUGGACGCCGUUCUUUGUAGUACACACUAUGAGGGCUCUCUGCGAAGACUGCGAAAUCCCCAGCAGCGUCACCAGUAUCGUGACCUGGCUGGGUUACGUCAACAGUGCCAUCAACCCAAUCAUCUACACCGUCUUCAACACGGAGUUCAGGAAGUUCUUCCGGAAGUUUCUGCCGACGCUGCCUGGCUGCUGCUAGCCUGAGCGCGCUAAAAGGGUUUACGAACAAAACAUACCCAAAAAAUGUGUAAAUAAACAAGAACUAAUCAUGCUCGCUUGUAAAUACAGCAUGUUGUGUGAUAAUAAUGCACUAAGAUGUUUGCUGCCAUUACGUUUUUAACGUACGUUUUAAUUUUGUGUUUACAUUUCAAGAGCUGACAUCAAAGGGCCUUAUUUAUGAAACACAAGCAGAAUGAAAUCGUGUAAAUCACGCAUGAAGUUACAAAAUAUUUGUAUUGUAAAGGGCGCGUUUACACUAAUGUUUUCAACAAAAAAUGUUUAACCUGUUUUGCAGUUCAUGUAUCCAACAAUGGUGUUUUUGUGGCUUACAAAUGCAAAUCUUUAAAAAACAAAUGUGUUACCAGCACCACAAAAACUUGAUUUUGUGAAAAAUGUAACUACAUGCACAGUGACAUCGUCAU